AUGUGGGAAUCGAUAUGCCUCACGUUGCUGGCCACGGCGGGGAACAACAUUGGGAAGGUUCUCCAGAAGAAAGGGACCGUUAUUCUUCCUCCACUGUCCUUCAAGCUCAAGGUGCGGAUGACGGACUGUAAACUUUUGCGAUGAUGAGUUGAUGAUGCCGGUUUCCUUUCUUCUAGAUCGGUAGAAAUCGUUUCUCCUCGGAGAUUUAUGCAAUUUGCUUGCUUUGAUUCUGUAGAAGAGAUCGCUUGCGCUCUGUCGUUUUUUCAUGGUGCGAUUUUCCUUUUAGUAUUCUUUCGAGAUUCGGUGAACAAACGCGACGUGAAUAUGGGUUUGCCAUUUGAUCAUUUUUUUCUUGGCAUAUAUUCGGAUGUUGAAAUAAUAUCUAAACUCAUCCUUUUUAUUUAUGAACUUCCGUAUUUCUGGGUGUUUGCCCCCCAUUUAAAGGUUGCGAAUAACUCCUCUUCACUGCCCAUUUUUACCAUAUCUAGACCACUCUCGACAGGAGCUUGUGUCCUAAGAUGUCUUUCAGAUGCAAUCUUAGGUGCAUGAAUUUUGCCAACAUUUAUCGACCCAGUUAAUAAUCAUUGCUUUGAGCCAAUUUUUUUUGCUUAGAGAUAUGUUUUCUUGCACCAGAUUGACCAUUGUUGGGAGUCUGCUAAUAAAUAGGCAUUUACUCAUCUUGUUUUGUUAGCUGGCCUGAGCAUCGUGGCAUAUGAUCCCAUGAUAGUGAUCGAAAUGCUGAUAUUUCUAACUUGGAAGCGUUUGUAAACGCUUCACUGAGCUACAAAGUUGCACUAAGCAUCGUUCAUUCCUUAUGAUUAAUUUACUUAACCUUCCCCGCUGGUGUUCAUUCAACAAGGAGACAUGAGAAGGAGCCUUCGCGACCCAAAAAAAUGUCAAAAAGCAGUAACACCUGUAUCCUAUAUUUCAUCGAGAUGGAGGAUUUUUUUAAUAGUAUGCUAUUCUAUACUAAUUUUUUUUGUUACAGGUGAUUAAAGCAUAUGCUUUGAACAGAUUAUGGAUGACUGGGUUUCUGAUGGAUAUAAUUGGGGCCUUGCUAAUGCUGAAGGCUUUAGCUGAAGCUCCGGUUAGAAUGUUCUCCACAUCAUUACACUUUUUGCAUCUAUUCAGUACAUUUAUUUUAGUAUAUGUGUCCUCGUUUCCAUUCGACUGUUUCCUGGACAUUAUUUUGUUCAUUUGUUGAUUGAUAUUGAGCGAGAUAAAUUUUUAUUCCUGGGAUACCGAAUCUUAUACACAUGACAUUGAGAAGGAGGAAUAAAAUGAUAAAAUCCCUGUGAGAAUAAUUAGAUUGAUCCUCACUGACUUCUGGUUCUGACUUUAUUUCAGCAUUUAUUUUUCUAUUACUGAUUUCGCUUACUACAUUUUAGUUGGCUAUUGUCUCUUGGUAGUCUCCACUGCAUUUAACUUUUCUUGCUACUUUGGGUUGCUACUACUAUCCCUGUUGUCAAUGGAUGAUGGCAUGAUGUUCAGAGUAGCGAUUAAGGUUUGAUUACGAUUAAUUUAUUGUUUAUCGUUGAAUCAUUGAGGAGAGUAUAACAGUGUUUAAGAAAUGAUAUUGUAAUUGUAUAAAUUAUGAACUGGAAGAUUGUUUUUUGCGCAUUUGAAAAAUCUAAAAGACGGAAGUUGUUUUGCUAGACACUUCUUGUAGGCAUAAUACGCUUUUUUUCACGUUGAUGAUUGUUUUUUUCUGGCAGUCUGUUGCUAUUUUGUCAUUUGUUUAUAACUUUUGUUUUUUCUUCUGUCUUGAAGGUCUCCAUCAUACAACCAGUCUCUGGUUGCGGCCUUGCAAUACUCUCUGUGUUUUCCCAUUUUUACCUAAAGGAGGUUGUGAAUGCUCUAGAUUGGUUUGGAAUAACCUUAGCAGGUUUCGGCACAAUAGGUAAUGUAAGUUAGCCGGUGUUUUUGUUAAUGAAUUACAUGUCUUUGAAAUGGUCGUAUUAUUCUAGAUUGCUGUCCUAAAUUCUGAAAUGAAAUGCGAUCUUCCUUUGAAGGUUGAUCAUACUUUUUGUCUUUGAAGCUGUUAGAUUUCAAAAUAAUGGCGGGAUCCCUGUUUACCUCGUGAAAUAAAAGUGGAAUUUACUUUUUCCUUCGCUGAUUUCAGAUUCUUUGAUUGGAUCCUUUCCAGUGUUUUUGAAGGCCAAGAAACUUUGAGAUUCACCCACUCUUUUCCACUAUUUUUGCCUAGAGUUCUUCUACUUCUGAUUCUGUGAAUAUCUAUUUUUCCCAUUUUCUUCAUUCUAUGAAGUUUGAGUAAAAAUCACCCCCACCUUGUAUUUUGGGAGGCAUCGAUCUGGCUAUAUUUAUGUAGGGCAUUACCUAUGAAUCAUUAUCUUAUUUCUUCUUUUCCAUACUGUACUUGCUCUUCAGAUGCAAACUGUGGGCGAGAGGUACAAGUUUUAGCUGAUUGCUAAUGGUCUCUCUUCUAGUUUAUGCACAGAAUAUGACAGUUGAGAAGAGAGGGAGCAACAAUUGCAUGAUGGUGAUGUUGUUGCUAUUAUUUUUUCACUAGACGAACUCAAUGUAGUUUUUUUUGGUAUGGAUUAUCUAAAAAAUCCAAAACCAUCUAAUCAACAAGAAUACGAGCUGUAUUUUUUUAGUAUUUUUCUUCUAAAAAAAUUCAGAUGUACCUUCUUUUUUUGAAUUGUUCACGGUGCGUGUGUUCAGGUCUAUGAUUUUGAUGGAGGUUUGGCAACAUAGUGUGCACCAAAUCCUGAAAAUUUUCUCGCUUAGAAAGAAAUUAGACGAAUAUUAGAAGAUUCAACUGUUCAGUGCACCACUUCGCUUUAUAUAUUCAAUUGGUUCAUCGUAUAAUUUUCACAUGUUGCAUUCUUCUUUUAUGUCAUCGUUUAAAUAUAUAUUUAUAAUCUAUUAUUCAAUUUUGCAGCGGUUGGACUUGGUGGAGAGGAACAAAAUAGCUCAGAAAUAUCUCUUCUCGACUUACCUUGGCUGGCCGUCACUGUUUUCAUCAUGUUUGUAGGUAUCAUAUCCUAUGCACAAACUCAUAAUUCCAUACUGGCAUCAUGAUCAUCAUCAUUACGAUCAUAAUCUUCAUCAUCAUUGUCGUCAUCAUCAUCAUCAUCAUUAUCAUGUGAUUGUUGCUAACUUUUUGGGGAAUGGUGAAACUUGGUGCUACAUUCUUUGUAUCCACGGUCGAACUUGCCCUUCCAACUCUUUGAUGAUUCAAUUAUUAAAAGCCUUAUUCUACUUCUGUGUUAGCUUCAAAGGAAUCUCCUAAAGCCUUGGCACCACCUCCAAACAACCCAUCACAUUAUUCAGUUAAUUAGUUGUCGCCAUCUAUGCAGGAACUGGACAUGAGACUGAUGUUAGGCGUUCCAGGGAUAAUACCUUCAAACCGUCUGUCAGAUGAUCACCCCAGGAUCUAAAUUAUAUGUUCACCUAUAAGUUUGAAGCUCUAGUGGGCUGUUGAACCCCCUGGGAACUGUGUACCUGCUUAGCCUCAGUCAAACUUUAUAUUAGUGGCCCAUCAAGACCAAGCAUGAGCUCUUGUGGACUCACUCUCUUGAUCAGUUACGUUAUGGCAUAUGUCUUCCUUAUUUAACAAUCAGGGGAUCCAUCUUGAUCAGUAUAUGGUGAGUUUGAUAGUUGGAACAUUCUAUGGCUCAUGGGCAUGCUGUUAAAAGAUCUUUGCUACGUUGGAUGAUUUAAAGCAUUUCUCUUUGAUCACUAAUAUUUUCCCGCGAAUUAUUAAAGGAAUAAAAGAAGUCGUUGAGUACAUGCCAAAAAUUUGGUGGCAACAAGGAUUAUCUACCUUCACACUCCUAUUUCACAAAGACAGGGUUAAGAUUAGAGCAAACCAUGGGACAGGUCCCAAAGGAUUUUAUGAUUUGAUUGUUGGUCCACAAGCUGAUUUCAAUCAACUGAACAGCAUUUAUGACUCUCGAUUUGACCUGUUCUAAGGACUUCGUGUUGGUUAAUGAUUUGGGACCUGCCUGUUAAUUUAGGAUAUUUUGCCUGCCUGGUGAUACGGGAAAUAAUAUUAAUGAAAAAAUGACAUGUUUCCAUAUGUUUCCUAAAGAAUUUGAGUGAAUGGUUUCGUGUUUUUAUUUGGCGAUACUGUGAAAUGUAAAGCCUUAUCCCAUUACUUCUUGUUCGGCUACAUAUUUAUCUGUGUAUAGAUUGAUGGAAACUGUACAAGUAUAGACAUCUCCUUUUAUUGUUCAAGGGUUGACUGCACGAAGGAUACUUUAUGAGACAAAUGGGCUUUUUUGUGUAUGAGCAAUGCGUCGAACUAACUCUCAUUCAUCCUGUUGUAAAUGCAGAUUCUCAUGAAUUCAGGGCUUCGUAUCUAUAAAAAUAAGAGACGAGAACAGGAGUUGGUAUGUGCAAGGAUUUUGUUCAAUGAUGUGCACCAGCUCAAACUCUACACUUUCCUUCUGUCUUUCAUCAGCUUAUUUCCUCUUUUCCAUGUUCAAACGUGUUGCAGAUUCAGUAUGAAGUUGUGGAGGAGAUUAUAAUCGGCUUGGAGUCUGGAAUAUUGUUUGGGUUCAGUGCCCCUCCCCUUCUCACUGUUUUAUAUUUCUUAAUUCCUGGGAUCUGAUAUCAUGUCAUGUUCUGUUUUAUUUUUGUACAUUUUCUCCUCCUUUACCUGGACAAUGGUGCCAUCUCAUGCAUGGGGGGGGGGGGACCUCUCCUUGGGUCAUCUCCUCUUCUAUUUGAUGAAAAAAAUAUUCUUUCAAAACAGGUCUUUCAUUUGCAUUCCCCGUGUUUCGUGUCUAAGUUUCAUGUUUUGGGCAUUAAGAUGGCGUUCUCGAGUUUAAUAAUUUCCUCAAUGAUAUAGCAUUGCCCUUUUUUCUUUUUUUUUUUUUUUUUCUGGCAGGCGGGUUCUAAUAGGUUCUAGAUUCUUGUAGGCUUCAAAAUUUUGGGUUUGCCUACGAAUAGUUAUGUGCAAAGGGUAUUUGAGAGUUAUUUUGGUGUUCUAUUCAGCCAAAGAUUUUAGGAACUGUGUCAUUGCUUUUAUGCAGUUGAGGUUAAUUUCUCAAUUAAUCGCAGGGUUUUUGUCUACUUUGGGGCUGUUAAUGCACGAUUAAUGUUAGUCUUUCAUAAAUAAUAGUUUCUUUAAGUGGCAUGAUGCUAAAUCCCCUCACUCUCUAGACUUCAUACAGAUGAACAGCUGAUCGUGCACUUGACAAUAAAAGGAGAAAGGGCUCAAUUUUAAAAGAUCAUUUAACUUAGACACACCGAUGCCCUCUUCAGCUCAUGGCUACUCACUCUUUGAUGAGAAACAUUCCGGCCUAUAUCUGUUUAUAAAUAUAUUAUAAUUAUUAUAUAAUAAUAGAGGGUAUAAAUACAACACUCGAUAGUGUGGCAAAUUCUUUUUUUUUUUUUGUUUUUUUACUUUAUUUGGAAUCCCAUCUAAGUAGUUCAUCCGCUGUGGUCUGCAGGAUGGCAUCUGUGAUAUCGAAAAUGGGGUUUGUGCUCUCCAAAGAGGGCUACUCUCAGAUUUUUGUGCCGGGAUGCAUUUCUGUCAGCAUAUGCUGCAGUGCCACUGGUUUUGUCUUCCAGGUACUCGUUCCUUCAGAGAUCUUUAUAUCUUUAUUGCUGUCGGUGAUGGUCAAAAGGUCAAUCAAAGAUAAUAGUUUAUUAUUUAUGAUAUAUGAUGCGACUAAAACCUAUGCCAAUCGUGAAUAUUUCUGUUUCAUACUCCCAUGGUCAGCUUUUGACCGUUGACCCAACUUGGAGCAGGGAAUGCAUAAAGCUGGCGAUCCAUCCUCUCAGCUGACUUCCCAUAAAUGGGAGGCUUUAUCAUCCUUCUGCAUCUCAGAAUUAGAAAAAAAUAUCAUAUCUUAUGAACCUUCAAUCCAUUCAUCGAUUCUUCCUUCCAUAUCUGGGGAUUGUAAGGACCAGAUCUAGACGUUGUAGCACAUCUUCUACUGACUGAUCCGUUCAGUUUGACUUAUUCCUCUGAGAAAGAACCCUUUUCUCGGUCAAUAUUUCCGACUCCUUGGAUCUUCUCCCACAAUCUUUCCCCUGUUCCUUGUAGUUGACCUCCGUUUCCUCCCUGCAGACUCGAGGGCUGAAGCAUGGGAGGGCGAUCGUGGUGUCCACAUGCGCCGCCGUGGCCUCCAUCAUCACCGGCGUCCUUGCCGGCAUGCUCACGCUGGGCGAGCACCUUCCCGUUGACCCGCUCCCUCGGUUCUUCCUCCUCCUCGGAUGGUAAGCCACUUCUCCUCACCUACAUGCGCGCAUUAAGUCAACUCUGAUAAAAGAUUUCUGUGUCAAAGUCAACCAAUUUCUAAUCUAAGAGCCAAUUCAAUUCGUGGGGUCUUUGUUGAAGGAUGCUGAUCGUGGUGGGGGUGAUCCUGCUGGUGAGCUCAACCUGCUUGAUGGGCCUCCUCCCAAGGCCUCUCCGGCGGCCUCUGCAGAGCAGCCUCAGAAAGUCAACGUCGGUGCGGGCCCGGGAACCGAGCCCGAGCACGGUCAUCCACGCCACCACCCUGCACCAUCUGAUAACGUCACCCGCCAAGGAGAAGACCUAG